ACUCAGUGACAAGAAGAAGCACUUGAUCGCCUUGCACGCUGGGAGUACGCUGAAAUCAGUCAUGGCGUCCCGUGUCCUAGCGCAGUGUGUCCGCUCGCUUACCCGGCCUUCGGCGAGGCUUUCAUCGGGUGGUGUUGCUGUGAGAGUGAUUGCUGCCCCGGUCCUCGCGAACCACCGACCAUACUCUUUUAUUUCCAACUGCCAGCGAACGCGGUGGAUUGAACAGACACGGAUCUCGAGCAAUGUGGGCGUGUUGUGCCGACAGUAUGGCGACCUGCCCCCUCUCACCCUGGAGACCAUCAAAGACAGGGUCAUGUACGUCCUAAAACUGUACGACAAGAUCAACCCCGAGAAGCUCCAGACAUCGUCCCACUUCAUGAAGGACCUGGGGCUGGACAGCUUGGACCAGGUAGAGAUCAUCAUGGCCAUGGAGGACGAGUUUGGAUUUGAGAUCCCUGAUGCAGAGGCUGAGAAGCUGAUGUCACCAGAGGAUAUUGUACAUUACAUUGCAGAAAAGAAGGAUGUUUAUGAAUAGUGUAAAACAAACCACUGAUGAUAGAGGUGACCCAACAUGACCUCACAGGAAGUAGUUGUGAUGCAAAUGGGCAGCAAAUGUUCCACUUCCUCAGCUAGUUCUCUCUCUCUCUGUGGCAUCAGUGUCAGCUGCCUUGUCCUGUGUUCCUGUGUAUUUAAUAAAAUCACAUUAUUUGGGGGGAAAAAGCCAGUUUGUCUCAUAACGCCAUCUUGUGGCUGAGUAUAUUUUCCCAUUUAAGAACCAAUAAACAGUCCAGUAAAGUAUA